CGAAGCAGUUCGUCUGUGAUUGGGAUAGCCAAAGGUUAAUUAAUUUUCUUGUGGGCGUGGCAAUGCAACUACUGCAACUAUUGCAACUGCUGUUGCUGCUGCAAUCUUUUGGCUGGCUGCAAGCGCGUCGUGGGCUCGGCGCCGGCGAACAGGACUGGGGCUAUGUGGAGGUGCGCAAGGGCGCCCACCUGUUCUACUGGCUGCACUAUACGACGGCUAAUGUAAGCGCAUAUACGGCCCGGCCGCUGAUCAUUUGGCUGCAGGGCGGGCCUGGUAUCGCCUCCACAGGCUGCGGCUGCUUCGAGCAGCUGGGCCCCAUCGAUAUCGAGGGUAAGCCGCGGCCCAGCAACUGGGUGCAGCAUAUGAAUGUCCUGUUCAUAGACAGUCCCGUGGGCACCGGCUUUAGCUAUGUGGAGCCGCCGCACGGUCGCUAUGCGGAGCAUAACAAUCAAAUAGCACGCGAUCUGGUCACACUUAUGCGCACAUUCUUGCGCCGUCAUGCGGAAUUUGAGCGCGUGCCGCUGCACAUCUUCUCGGAGAGCUAUGGCGGCAAAAUGGCGCCAGAAUUUGCACUCGAGCUGCAGCUGGCCAAGCAGCGCGGCGAUUUGGAGUGCCAGCUGCAAUCGGUGGUCGUGGGCAAUCCAUGGACCUCGCCGCUGGACAGCACCCUUUCCUAUGCACCCUACUUGCUGCAGCUGGGCAUUGUGGAUCACGACGGCUAUCGGAAUAUAUCCAGGGUGGCCGCCGAGAUAGCGCAGCUUGUGUAUGCGGGCAAGUGGUUGCAGGCCAUGGAUCAGAGCAUUCAAGAGGUCAUCGAGACGCACACCGGCGGCGUGUUUCUCUACAAUACGCAGCGGCGCGUUCAUGUAAAUGAUGUCUAUCGCUAUGGCGAGGAUCCCAAGCUGCGUGAAUUUAUGGUCAAUAAUGUGACACAGGCGCUAAAUCUGACCCACAUGCCCGAGUGGAUGGUACAGAAUGCGACGGUCUUUAUCAAGCUGGGCCGCGACAUCUUUAAGCCAGCCGUGCACAUAGUUACCCGCCUGCUGAAUGAGACGCCGCUGCGCGUGGGCGUCUACUCGGGCAUGCUGGAUCUGCUGUGUGCCACGCCCGGCACCGUCAACUGGAUCAAUCGGAUGCAGUGGAGGCGCAAGGAUCAAUAUGUGGGUGCAUCACGUCGGCCUGUGCGCAUCAACGGCAUGCUGGAGGGCUAUGAGAAGCAGGGCGGCGGAUUUAGCAUGUUCUGGGUCUAUCGAGCGGGGCAUCUGGUCCAGGUGGAUAAUCCGGCGGCCAUGUCUCAUAUUCUGCGUGAAUUUACCGGCUUUGGAUAAUGUUUUGCAUCUGUGUCCGUCUGUGUAUCUCUUGGCAAUAAAGAUUAAGCUACACU